CUCUGAGGGCAGACGCAAUUUAUUUCAGAGUACAUUCCAAUCAGGUGCCAUUCGCGUGGACACGUGUUUAUAGUUCUUACGCUUGGCACCUGCCAGUGUACAGGUGAAGAAAUUACUUUUACACAAUGACGUUCAUACUUUUUACCAGUUUACUGUAAUAUCGAGACGUUGAAGUCUUGAUGUUUGCGCACGAAAAACGUUGAUCGCAACGAGGCGGGCGAACUUAUGAGAACGUUCGUGCCGCUUAUUCUGACACGAUAGCUUUAAUUAGAUGAAACGGGGCAGUACAUUGAGAAAUAUUACAAUUCAUGCGUUAAAAUGUCCUCUGAGGCUUCCUUGAGCGAUGCGCCAAAUGUCGUGUCGAGACUGCAUAAUUUACGCUUAAAUCAAGAGGAUGGUGAUGAGCCUCAGCAAAAUGUGAAUCUUGCUGGAUCUGGAGAUUCAUCUCCAGAACUAGUAAGAAAUACUCAACCCGUGGGUAAUGUUAUGCUAUCACGUGUCAGACGUGCGUUCAAUUAUGUUUGGGAUGAAGACCAACCAACUUCUUCUACAGCCAGGAGUGGAGAAUCUUCAUUCUUAAACGGGGAUAAUAGGCCUCCAACAAAUGCAGCAAAUACUUUGCAUUUGGAAGGAAGAUCUCAGAAUAAUAUUGCCUUAGAAAAUACAUCUACAAAUAGUCAAGCAACUGUUGCGUACAAUUGGCAAGGUACAAAGGCCACAAUGCGUGAGAGAAUUGUCUUUCUUUUUAAUAAUGAAAUAUUAUCGGAUGUGAGUUUCAUAGUAGGAAGAGGAACUCAGAAGCAGCGUAUACCUGCUCAUAAACUAGUCCUAUCUUCUGGGAGUGCAGUUUUUGAUGCAAUGUUCAAUGGAACACUUGCAACAACUUCUUCAGAAAUAGAAGUACCUGAUGUAGAGCCUGUUGCUUUUUUGGCAGUGCUUCUCUUUUUGUAUACCGAUAAGAUAGAGAUAGAUCCUGAAAGUGUAAUGAUGACAUUGUAUACAGCUAAGAAAUAUGCAGUGUCUGCUUUAGAGAAACACUGUGUUGAUUACUUGAAGAGUAACUUAACCAGAGACAAUGCUUUCUUACUUUUAACUCAAGCUCGUCUUUUUGACGAGCCUCAGUUGGCUGCAGUGUGCUUGGAUACCAUAGACAGAUUUACUACAGAAGCAUUGAAUGCAGAUGGAUUUACAGAUAUUGAUAUUGAUACACUGAAAAUUGUGUUGGAGAGGGACACUCUGCGUGUCACAGAACUCAAAAUAUUUCAAGCAGUUCUGAGAUGGUCAGAGGCAGAAUGUAGUAGACAUCAGUUGCCAGUCACCCCAGAAAAUCAGCGUUUAGUCUUGGGAACUGCUUUUUCAUUAGUUCGUUUUCCUUUAAUGUCAAAAGAAGAAUUUACUGCUGGUCCAGCACAAUCUGGACUUCUGAAUUAUUCAGAGGUUCUCUCCUUGUUUUCAUAUUUUAUAUUGAAUCCAAAACCAGUGGUUGGAUUUCAAACAAUGCCUCGCUGUUGUAUGACUGGCAAGGAACAAACUGUAUGCAGGUUUCAGCAUACUAAGAGUAGAUGGGGUUAUAAUGGAACAAGCGAUCGUAUAAGAUUUAGCGUCGACAGACGUAUAUUUCUUAUUGGUUAUGGAGUUUAUGGUAGCAUGCAAGGUCCAGCAAUAUACGAAGUAUUAAUAGAAUUGAUACAUACCGCUUCUGGAAAAAUAAUUGCUACAAAUUCAACAAGUUUUAGCUGUGAUGGUUCAAAGUACACUUAUCGCUUAAUGUUCAAAGAAUUAGCAGAAAUCCUACCAAAUACGAUUUAUACUGCAUCAGCAACAUUUAAGGGACCUUAUUCUCAUUAUGGAACUAAGGGUUUAAAAACAGUCAUGGUGGAUAGUGAUACAGGAAAUGGAAAGGUUAAGUUUGAAUUCAGUAUGGAAGCUGGAGAUAAUAAUGGAACUUCUACAGAUGAAGGACAAAUUCCUGAGCUUAUAUUUUACACUUAAUAACUCAUGUACAUAAUAACGACAUUCCCUUCAUCAGCUUCAUUGUCUUUCAAAAUUUAUUAUAUUAAAUUGAAUUCUGUAAAAAAGUUUUAUAUGUCGCUUUCUUUGUCAAUUAUAUAUAAUACUUUAUCAUUACUAAGUGCUUUAAACUGAAUGAACCGUAAGCAUAUUAACUGGUCUUUCAAGCUCUGUUCAUGUUGCAACUAAUAAGAUGGAUGUUUUAUAUUUUAUAUUUAAUUGAGAGUAUUGAGAUUGAAAUUCGUAAAUCACAAAAGGGCCUUAUUGGGAGAAGAGACUGAAUCAUGCCACUGAUGUUAAACGAAGGUUAAAGUGAAUUACUUAUUUUUCAAUUAAUUAUCUUAAUGGUUAAUUUCUUCAAAAUUAAGUAAAACUUUUCUUCUGCUAAAGCUUACGAUAAACAACAACUGAGUAAAGGUUUUAACAGUAAGAUAAGUUUUAAACAAUUUUGACGAAGUUCGCUAUACAUCGAGCAAGUUACAAAUAUCAAUAUCUAUGACUGAAGACAAUCUAUUUUUCUAUCUCUGCAAGCAAUUACAUGAGUGGUAAAUUUACACAUAAUUGCGUGAGUCUUGUGUAAAAAAUGAUGGACUCUCAUUAUUAUUUUUUGUAAACUCUAUUCAUUUAAUGCUUUUUCUUGGAAAGUAAAAUGAAGUAAUAUGAAAUUGAAAUUCAUGCUCAAAAUUAUUAACACAACAUAAAAUAACAAUAUGAUAAAUUUUGAAGCUUAUUAAAUAUUUUCAGUGGGAGUGAAGAAUAAAUACUUCUAUACAUUGUGACAAAUUUUUAUUACUUUUUUUUAAAAAAAUUAUACGUUUGUCUGUAUACAUAUAGUAACUAAAUGAAAGCAGUAUAUCGUUAUCUUUUUAGUAUUACUUAAAUCUGUAAGACGAAUGUAAUACUACGAAAGUUUAACGUAUCUUUUCGUUACAAUGUUAAAUAUACCAAAUUCUUCAAGUCUGUUAUUCUAUGUACUGAUUAACUGCGCAAACUAGUCAAACAUAACUCAUCUACAUUUGCACAAUAAAAGAAAUGUGUAUCAACGCGAUAUUUUUAUUGAUAGUGUGCAAUUAUUAUUUAUAUUUUAAUUCUGUAAUAUCACAAGAAGAUGCACACGUAAAUAUUAGGAAACUAAAUAAACUAUUUGUUCAAUCAAAAA